UAAUCUGUGUGCAAAAUUUUGCUGGCUGGCCAAAGUUUAUUGAAUUUGGCUAUUUGUUUUUAUUAAAUAGCAGUGUUAUUAACGUAAAUAAGCUCUAUUUAUGUGUUUCUAGGCCUCUCAAGCCAAAAUGGAGGGGUUCAGACGGACUUACUGUCGUUUCUGUGCGGAACCGAAGCUCGACGACUGCAUAAUGCACAUUAACACCGAUCCAACAUUCUUUCAACAAAUAUCCGAUAUUUUGUCCUUCGUUCACGCUAAUUAUAUCGAUUUGUCGCCUGAAAACCUUCUGCCGAAGACGAUAUGCUUGUCUUGCUACGGCUUGCUGUUGAAAUCUCACGAGUUCUUGCUGAAAGUCAGGAGCGCGCAGCUGAGUCUCACUCAGGGGGUCCCUGUGUUUGAACAUGUGAAAUUGGAGCCCCCUGUAGCCUCUUCCAGCUGCCUUAAGUUCAAGGAGGAGGCACGUGAGGGUGCAGCUGCUUCUGCCAAGUCAAUAACAUUGAAGCGGCCGGAGGCUGAGCCAGCUGACCCAUCAUGGACUGGCUACAUCUUCCACUGCGCGUGCUGCCCCUCCUCCUUCCCCUCCAUGAACGAGCUCCGGGACCACACGAAGCGGGACCACAAGAUGUGCAACGCGCUGCAGUGCGGGGACUGUGACGAGAAGUUCGGGAACUUUGAGACGUAUGCGGCGCAUAUUCGAGGGCAUAGGAGCGGGUUGAGGAACUACUGUCACUACUGCAACAAGAAGCUAUCAAACCCAGAACUAGCAAAAAGCCACAUCGACAAACACAUCUCAUCCCAACGAGCCUGCCCGCGCUGCGGGGAAAUAUUCAAAACCACGCAAUCCCUAACCAAACACGUCAUCCAAUACAAAAACCUCAUGAUGAGAAACGCAACUGUCAUCCGCAAAAGAAAAAAGAAAACUGUCGAGAAAAUUAUAGUCUGUGAACCAAAUGACAAGGAUGACACUUCGUGGACCGGGUAUAGUUGGGAGUGUUUAAUCUGUGAUUCUGAGUUUGAGAAUAUGGCCGCUUUGAGGUUGCAUAGUAUGGAGACGCAUUCUAAGUGCUUUGCAUUGCAGUGUAGUGACUGUGAUGAGUCUAUGGAUUGUUUCAAGACGUUUGUGGAUCAUAUUAGGAAGCAUAGGCCGUAUCUUAAGCAAUUCUGCGAAUACUGCAACCACAAAUUCGAGCCCGGCCAAGAGUCAGCCCACAUCGACACGCAUUUUGAAGGACUACAGAAAGGCUGCGACGGAUGCGGGCUCAUACUGCCAGACUUUGGAGAACUCCAGAACCAUAUCGCCAAAUACGACUCGCCUAUGCCUAAAGCCGUACCGUUCAAAAAGAAGGAACGACCAGUGACAACUGAAGAUUUGACCUGUCGCAUCUGUAAUCAUGUGAGUAAAUGCGUCAGAAGGUUCCAGAAUCAUUUGAAACUGCACACGGAGAGAAAAAGAGACCAUACGUGCGAUAAGUGCGGAAAAGCUUUUUACACGAAAAGCUCGUUGACAGCGCAUCUGAUUAUACACAGCAACACUAACUCUUGGGUGUGUGAGGUCUGCAAAAGGUCAUUCCUGACUAUAAUUCGUUUGAAAAAACAUGUGAAAACGCAUUACGCUGACAAGCCGUUCGAGUGCGCUGUUUGCAAGAGAACUUUUAGGCUAAAAGAGCAGUUGAAGAACCACAGUAUAAUGCAUACGGACGAAAUGCCAUUCCGCUGCCAGUUUUGCGAUAAGUGUUUCCGUCACAAAAACGUUUUGAAGACCCACGAGAACCAACACACGGGGGCCAGACCGUAUUCUUGUACUGAGUGUACUAUGGAUUUCGCGAAUUGGUCGAAUUGUAACAAGCACAUGAAGAGGAAACACGGCAUGACUAUAGCUAAAAGCAAGUUGACUCCUAUAGGGAAGCUGCCGAUAAACCCUAAGACUGGAUUGCCUAAUAAGGUAGAUGAUUUGAGUAAAGCUAAGGAAUGGACGCAGCAAAUUUUAGCUACAACUCGGCGCCGCACGAAGCGACCUAAAGCUGAUGAUGAUGAUGAUAAUUAGAUUAUAUAUAAUAUAGUUAUAUGUAGACAAGCGAAGGUAUUAAGUACCGGAUGUUAAGAGGUAAUUUCGCCAUAGUCGGUUAGAGCAUAACCAGAUUGAUUUUUGAUACAUGGAGAUGACGUUUAAUUUAUAAAUCAAUCCCUGUCGGUUAGAUAACCGACUAUGGAAAAAUUGGCACUAAACUUUGUAAAAUAUAGCACGAGUCCUAUGACAGCUUUCGUUCUUUCGUCAUUGAAGUGUUCUCUGUUGUUAGAUGUACAGUUUGUUUUUAUCUUUAGUUUAAUUAUGGAUUAUGGUAUUACAGUCUGAGAGUUAUAGUUGUUAAAAUUCUAACUAAAUCUUCAAAUUGUAAGAAGUUGGCUGUAAAUAGUCGCAAUAGUGCUGCUUUUUGUACACAUUUUGUAAAUUUAUUUGGGCAUUAAGUAGUUUUACAAAUUACGAAUUCGGAAAUUGUAUCAAAUAAGCUUUUCAAUCGUGUGUUUUUAUGUACUGCGUAAAAAAUCACAAUAUUAUAGGUGCCUAUUAUAUUAUUAAGGUACUUAUAAACAACAUAUAGCAUCACUUUAUCGAAAUACACUGUAUAGACCAAUAUUGUAUUUGAUUAGGUAUUUAUUAGAGUAAAUUUUAUAGAUUUAGAUGUUAAGAUGUAAUGUUAUGGGCUAAUUUGAGUUUUAUAUUUAAUGAUUACUUUAAUGUAAUAACUAAUAAAUGAAUUUUAUUGCUUAAGAUUAGGCUAAGGUUAUCAAAGAAACA